ACGUGUUACUUGGCCGGAAGUGGAUUGUGACCUUUCACCCCUGUUCCCAUUGGCUCGCUCUUUCCUGUUCCGGCGGCUCGUACGGACUAGUGCGGCAAUGGCUCCUCGCAAGGGUAAAGAAAAGAAGGAAGAGCAGGUCAUCAGCUUGGGUCCCCAGGUCGCCGACGGCGAGAACGUCUUUGGAGUCUGUCACAUCUUCGCCUCCUUCAACGACACCUUCGUCCAUGUCACUGAUCUCUCUGGGAAAGAGACUAUCUGCCGCGUGACGGGAGGCAUGAAGGUGAAAGCGGACAGAGACGAGUCGUCUCCCUACGCCGCCAUGCUGGCAGCCCAGGAUGUGGCCCAGAGGUGCAAGGAACUGGGCAUCACUGCCCUGCACAUCAAGCUGAGAGCCACUGGGGGCAACAGAACCAAAACCCCAGGACCAGGCGCACAGUCAGCGCUACGCGCCUUGGCUCGUUCUGGCAUGAAAAUCGGCCGCAUCGAGGAUGUGACCCCGAUUCCAUCGGACAGCACCCGCAGGAAGGGCGGCCGCCGUGGCCGUCGUCUGUAACGCUGUUCUCUUCUAAUAAAAUGUCGACUGCA